AUGAGCCCGCCCAGCACCCAGCCAGAAUUCUCAUGCGAGACGUGCAACCUCCCAUUUCAACGUAAGGAACACUACCAGCGACACCUGCGCACUCAUACAAAAGAAAAGCCUUUCGCAUGCUCCGAAUGUGGACAAAGCUUUGGUCGCGUCGACUCUCUUGCUCGUCAUCAUACAACCCUACAUCUGACUGCGGACCGUCAAGACAGCCGCAACCGUCCAAAUGAUCGCCGUCGAGUAUCGCAGGCUUGCAAGCCAUGUAGCACCUCAAAGGUGAGAUGCGAUGGUGAGCACCCAUGUCAGCGAUGUCGGCAACAAGACAACGAGUGCUACUACGAGCCACAUGCGAAGCGAAAGAUGUCAGAGACGAGUUCUGACAGACCAACCAGCAAACGGAAUCGAGAAAAAGCUCCAGUCAAUGCUGAGGUUAUGGAAAGCAUUAAUGUCAGCGUGAAUAGCAGAAACUCACCGCUCUCACCACCAGCAACAGUCCAGGACAAUGGCUCCAACAAGACUAAUUAUGCCGCCAACUAUAUGUCACCAGCCCAAGAUACCUUCAUUGAGCUAUCCAAACCCGACGACUUCAAUACCAACGCUCCGCCCAUCGACCCUUUACUCGAUGCACGGCAUAGCGCAUCCAUCGGGUAUCAUGGCCCUCAGGCUGGAGCCGCAGACGCCCUUUUCGACACUGACGAUAUAUUGGCAAACUUCAACUCUACAAAUACAAUGCCAGCACCGCUACCCUCAAUGCUUUUUGGCGAUGCCUUCGAUACCAACGGAUGGCUCAACUAUGGCGCCGACCAAUCAUUUGCGCCCCUCUUCCUUCAGAACGAUGCAUCUCUCGACGUCAUCAACGAACUGUGGUUUGACCACGCAGGGCUCAAAGCACCUCAGCAGCCCAUUCUAUCACAACUCACACCAGCCUCUUCCUUGGUAGAUCAGUCAGCUGUGGCAGAGCUCUAUAGCCGCAGUCACUCUCCCGCCAUCGAUAGGGAUGCGGUCGAGCCUAGAGAAUAUGUCGCUGUCUCAAUUGAGCUGGACGCCCAGCUCAACUUUCCAGACCUCUCACACCUGACGGCCGAGGACGUUGAUCACGAGAAUUUGGCUCAUGUAGAUGAUAUCUCCGAGGAGGUGGCCAAGAAUGUAGCCGAGGCAGCAGCAGAGAUACAGAACGGCGGUAAUUUCCCGCAUUUCAGGAACUUGGCCAUUCCGCCGACGCCAGUGCUAAACGCUUGGGUACAAUUGUACUUUGAGUACUUUCACCCUGUUAUGCCCAUUCUACACAAAGCGACCUUCUCUUCGUCUAAGCGGCAUUGGUUACUUAUCUUCACAGUGGCCGCUAUCGGUGCGCAUUUUUCGAGCAUCAAAGAUGCCCAGGCGUGCUCGAGGGCAAUGCAUGAGACUAUUCGACGACAAUGCUCAACCAUGUGUGAACGCCAAAACUCCAACGGAAGAGAGCUUUGGAUGUCACAGACUAUCCUCCUGAACCAUAUCGGCUUGCUCUAUGGCGGUGAGCGGAGGUCUCUCGAAAUUGGCGAAUUCCUGCAAGCAUUACCUGUAACACUCGGAAGACGAAAAAGGCUGUUUACAAACAUGUUUCCCGUAGACAAGUUUGCUCAGCUGCAGUUGCCACAUGCCCAGAAGUGGCAGAUUUGGCUGCUCGACGAGGAGCGGCGACGGGCAGGCUUUGCCAUCUGGCUUCUGGAUUCUGCUUUUAGCUCGCACUUUGAUCUUACAAGUCUUAUGAGGCUGUCUGAACUGCAGAUAUCCCUGCCUCAGCCCGAUGACCGUUGGGGCGCAUCGACUGCCCAGUGCUGGGCCAACUUUCCUGCAGUCGAAAAUUCGGGCUCUGGCGGACUUCCCACGAUGGAGCGCGUGAUCUCUGAAGAUAGUUGGCCAUUCGUAUGGUCCAAAACAAACACCUUGGGCAAACAGGUUAUGCUGCAGCAUCUCACCAAUGUCAUCAAGGAUAGAAGUGCAGAACAGCCUGGCACCCCGGGCUUCUCAUACCACGACAAACUACUCGCGUCGAAUGUCAUGACUGAUCUUCUGAACCUGAUUGAGACCGACCAGAUGGAGCAAUCUGUUGAUGAAGCCAAGGCAUCGACAACGCACAAGAUCAUGGCACUGACUGCCUUGAUGACACACAACACUCCAGUCCAGAACCUCAUUCCAACGAUUAUUCGAUGCAUAUACGGCAAACUCGAGAAUAAAGACUGGGAGGCAAUUCGCGAUCGGUGGAGAGGGACGUCCGGACAAGGAAGGCUGGGAUGCUUCUACGCGUCGCGCAUCCUCCACGUAGUACGCUCAAGCCGGUCAUCGCACUUCGGGACCCCCGUCUCACUUCUCCAAGCUGUGUUGGUUCUGUGGCUUUACUCAUCGCUCGCUGAGCGUUACAGUGAUGGGUUUUUGUUCUCACGCGCGGCUCCAGCUGUGGUCCUUGGCCCGAAGCCCCUGGACCUGAUGGAGACUAACACUUGGAUCGAGAUGGGGUGGAGCCGAGUCAAGUUGCCGGGUAUCGGCAAUUUACUUUGUGCAGAGGGUAGGGCCAAGUUGUUGGAUGAUGCGGUAGUGCUUAUGAGAUCACUGAAGGGCUGGGGAAUUAGUCAUGCUUAUGCUCAGAUCUUGCUGCGACUUCGAGCGAGUGAGACUUAG